CGCCAUUGGUUCCGUGCGGAGAGCGAUGCGUAUGCUUCAGUCGCACACCCGGAAGGCUUCGUAGCGCAAUAUCUGUUUAGUCUCGCAAGUUCUUUUACCUAGGUCUCGUUAGGAGCUUCGCUGAGUCAAACAGUUAUGCCCGCUGAACGAACGAAACGCCAAGUCACAACGCAAACGGACUUUUUGCUCACUUGUAAAUCAUAACGCUUAACCUGGCUAAGCCUAAACAGUGUGCUUUGCCGUGGGAACCAUCGAUAUUACGGUUUGCUUUGCUUUUUUUGUGUGCAGUGUUCGAUGCUCGCAUCCUAGCGAAGAUGUCGUCGGGAGGGAUGGUGCAUCCUGCCCUCACGAGGAUGUGUUUCAGUGCUGAUAGUAGUGAAACAAAGCGAAACGGUGUGGUGCAAUGAUGACGGUUUGCCCGGCUUGGAUUUACCCAUGCAUCGUGAAACCCGUAUGAUAUUCGUAGUGUGAGACGUCGUGGGGAAGCUUGCGCGUUCCUUGAAAGGAUUACAAACAUCGAGUUACGUGUCAGUGCAAAAAUGUCUAAAAAGUCGACAGGAACGAUGGAUCCACGGUCUCCCGAGGAGAGGAUACGGGAGCUGGAACAAAUGUUCCUGGGCGGCCCGGUGUUGGUCAACGGCAAGUCCUUUACCAUCGAGGGACUUCUUGACGUGCUAAUUGUGCUUUUUGAUGAGUGUUGCAAUUCGUCGCUACGCACGGAGAAGACCAUGACCAACUUCAUUGAAUAUGUAAAGCCAGUAGUGCAGCGUAUAAAGGUCCUUAGGCUAACGAAAGAAGACUUUGACGUGCUGAAAGUAAUUGGUCGUGGUGCUUUUGGAGAGGUGGCUGUGGUGAAAGAAAAAAACACGGGUAAAGUGUAUGCAAUGAAGACCCUCAACAAGUGGGAGAUGCUCAAAAGAGCUGAGACCGCCUGUUUCCAAGAAGAGCGCGAUGUCCUCGUUUUUGGAGACAAGCGGUGGAUCACAAACCUACAUUACUCAUUCCAGGACGACACCAACUUGUACCUGGUGAUGGACUACUACUGUGGUGGAGACCUGCUGACACUCCUGAGCAAAUUUGAGGACAAGUUUCCAGAAGAAAUGGCACGCUUCUACAUCGUGGAGAUGAUCCUCGCCAUCGACUCGAUUCAUUCUCUUCAUUACGUGCACCGUGACAUCAAGCCAGACAAUGUCCUUCUGGAUGCCAAUGGCCACAUUCGCCUGGCUGAUUUUGGCUCUUGCCUCAGGCUCUGUGAUGAUGGCACAGUACAGUCCAAUGUGACGGUUGGGACUCCCGACUACAUAUCUCCCGAAAUAUUGAGGGCCAUGGAAGACGAACAGGGCAGGUACGGCCCGGAGUGCGACUGGUGGUCUUUAGGUGUGUGCAUGUACGAGAUGCUCUAUGGAGAGACACCCUUUUAUGCGGAGUCUUUGGUCGAGACGUACGGCAAGAUCAUGAACCAUAGGAAUUGUUUCGACCUUCCGGACGACCCAGACUCAAAUGUGUCCGAAGAGGCGAAGGAUCUGAUGCGGCGCCUCAUAUGCGGUGCAGACUGCCGCUUGGGCCAGAGCGGCUUGGGCGACUUCAAAAAUCAUCCCUGGUUCCGAGGUGUUGACUGGGACCACAUCCGGGACAGCCAAGCACCUUACAUUCCGGAAGUGAGUAGUCCAACGGACACAUCGAAUUUUGACGUGGACGACACAGAUUUUAAACAGCCGUACUGCGCAAUGCCGUUCUCAUUUAACCCCAACGGUCCAUUGGGACGCCUUUACCGUCGACUGGAGUCUGGCCCACCAAGUGCCAAUGCAGUGUUCUCUGGGCUGCACCUGCCCUUUGUGGGCUUCACGUACACACUAGGAAGCCGCUUCACCUGCCAAGCCAAUCAUCUGGAUGGGGAGCAGGACCCCGGGGUCAACACCAAUGCCAUAGUUUACCAGGACAAGAUUAACGCUUUAGAAAAAGAGAAGGCGGAUCUAUUAAGAAGAAUAAGUGUGGACAGCAACAAAGUAGUGCAAGGCAGCGCAGACAAUGAGAUCAGGAGGUUACGUGACGAAGUGAACACUUUCAAGAAGAAAUGUGCAGAAUUGGAGCUGCAGAGGCAACAAAGCGUACAGGACAAUAUGCAGGUGGCUAGCACAAACGAGCUGUCUGCCAAAGUGAAAGAGCUGGAAAAAACAUUGAGGUUAGCCAAGUCAGAAAAAGAGGACCUCGCAAGGGAUUUAGUGGACGCACAAGAAAGACUAAGGCAUCAGACGAAAGAAAUCAAGGAUGCUCUAGCACAGCGCAAGCUUGCGAUGGAUGAGUACACUGGCAUCAGCGACAAGCUUUCAGACCUACGCACACAGAAGCAAAAGCUAUCUCGGCAAGUUAGGGACAAAGAAGAAGAACUUGAGAAUGCCAUGCACAAAAUAGACAGCCUUAGGCAGGACAUGCGGAAAGCCGAAAAGCUGAGGAGAGAGCUGGAAGCUCGUGCUGAGGAAGCGCAGGCAGAGGCACUGAAGGAACGCCGGCUGCGUGAGCGCGGCGACGAGUACGUGCACCACUUGGAAGGGGAGCUGGAAUCCCUGCGACAGUGCCAGCUUGGUCGGCUUUCAGUUCAACAAGGGCAUGACAUGACACAGGAAGUCAACAGGUUAAAGACUGAAUUAGAGAACCAGGAUUUGAGGUUUCGGGAAAUGGAGGUUCAGCUACAGACACGGCAUGCAGCAGAGGUGGGCUCCCUGCGCGAGCAGUUCCGUGAAGCAGACAGUGCACGUGAUGUGCUCCGCAAGGAGGUGAUGAUGCUGAAAGACAAGGUCGAGAAGAGUCGUGCUGAAUCUGCAAUGGAAAGCCAGGAAACUCUCAGCGAGAUUAAAAAGGUUCAUGAGCGCGAAAAAGCGAUGCUCUGUGACGAAAUCCACAAGCUGUCUCAAGAGAAUGAGCGGCUUGCGGAAGCGGUACGGAGGCAGCACGAGGAGAGGAGACGCAGUGAAGAGGAAAUUGGGCAGUUGCGAGAGAAGAAGGAAUCUGUGGCACAGUGGGAGGCACAAAUCAGCGAGAUCAUCCAAUGGGUGAGCGAUGAGAAAGAUGCUCGAGGCUACCUACAGGCACUGGCAACUAAGAUGACGGAAGAACUGGACUGCCUUAGGAUGAGCGGACUGCCAACGCCAACUGCGGAGAAGAACUGGCGCAACCGUCGGUCUCAGAAGCUAGAGAAGAUGGAACUGCUUUCAUUGCAGUCCAGCCUUCAAAACGAGAUUCAGGCUAAGCAAGCCAUCUGCGAAGAGCUGAGUCGGGUGCGUGCGGACCUCGUGGCACAGCAGAAGGAACACCGGAAGGUUCAACAGGAACUCGAGGUCUUCAUGAAAGAGUCGUCGAAGAAGGACUCUCAGAUUCGCGAACUCCAGCAGCGGCUCGAGGCUGCUGGUGAUGGCUUCCUGGAGCGACCGUCUUCACAGAUGUCCUUCCUGGACCAGUUCCUGAAGGACACUUCACGCCUCAACCACAGCGACAGUGCAGAGUCGGCUGAGGCUACAGAUGAAGUCGAGCAUCCACGUCCGGCCGCACCCGUUCCACCAGCCAUAAUCAAGCCUAACAUGGUGGAUCUGCCUCCUGCAGACGUACGACACGGCAUCACCAUCUCCUCUCCAAUCAACGAUGUGAGACCCACAAUCACUGUCCUAACGCCAAAGCCCAAAGCUCACCAGUUCCUAGUGAGAACAUUUGUGGCUCCCCUCAAAUGCAAUCACUGCACAUCACUCAUGGUGGGGCUCAUACGUCAAGGGGCAGUCUGUGAAGUAUGUGGCUUCGCGUGCCAUGUCACGUGUCAGGACAAAGUGCCUGCCGUGUGUCCCGUGCCAAUGGAUCAGACAAAGAGGCCAGUGGGUAUAGACCCCACACGAGGAGUGGGCACAGCUUACGAAGGCUACGUCAAGGUUCCGAAGCUGGGCGGGGUGAAGAAAGGCUGGCAGCGACAGUUUGUGGCGGUGUGCGACUUCAAGCUCUUCCUGUACGACCUGCUGCAGGACAAGAAUGCUCAGCCUGCCGUGUCGGCAUCACUCGUACUUGACAUGAGGGACGAAGAGUUCUCUGUGAGUUCCGUCCUCGAGUCUGAUGUGAUCCAUGCCAACAGGAAGGACAUUCCCUGCAUUUUUCGGGUGACGACUUCAAUGAUGGACCCACCUGGUCUGAAGAGUCACACGCUUAUGAUGGUCGACAAGGAGAGCGAGAAGGUCAAGUGGGUGGAUGCUCUGAAUGAGCUACAUCGCAUCCUCCGCCGGAACAAGCUGCCGCACCGAACGGUAUUUCAAGUAAAAGAGAUUCUAGACAGCACAUUAGUAAUAAUCAAGAAUGCCUUAUCAGCAGCUGUGAUAGAUCCAGACCGGAUAGCCCUCGGCACAGAGGAAGGUCUUUACUGCGUAGAUCUCGAUCGCGAAGAAAUUGCUCGAAUAGGAGAUGGGAAGAAGAUAGCUCAACUCGAAUAUAUUCCAGAAGAGCAGCUGCUCAUUUCUAUCACAGGCAAGCAGCGGCAUUUGCGCCUGAUACCCGUGGGGGCGCUCGACGGCCACGAUGUGGAGUGGAUUAAAGUGGCAGACACCAAGGGGUGCACCACAUUUUGCACCACCCACAUGGAACGGGCAGGUGCCUCUACCUACUUCUUUUGUGUGGCAGUUAAAAAGCAGGUUCUUGUUCACCAAGUAAACCGGACGAAAAGUCGCCACGGGGGCCGUCAGGUGAUUAGUGUUCCUGGGGUGGCUCAGUGUCUGGAUGUCUGGGCCGACCGUCUUUGUGUGGGCUUGCCGUCCCUCUUCUACCUGUAUAACCUUCAGGGAACCUGUGAGCCAAUCUGUUUAGUGCAACCAGAAAACAACUUGUCCUACCUUUACCACAAUCCAAUGGAUGCAUUCAUCGCAGUGGAACUGCCCAACAACGAGUACUUACUUGUGUUCAGCCAGCUCGGAGUGUUUGUCAACAACCAAGGAAGGAAGACGCGUGAGAAGGAAGUUAUGUUCUCGGCAGCACCGCUUGCUGUCAGUUAUUACGACUCUUAUCUGUGCGUCUACACCGAGAGCCACGUUGAUGUCUUCGAAGUCACGUCCGGGGACUGGGUGCAGACCAUGAACCUAAAGAAGACCAAGCCGCUAUGUCGGGACGGCCAGCUGUGCUUCUCGCAGGCGACGGAGGCGCCACAUGUGGUGUACCUGCAUCCGGUUCACCGCCGGGAGAUGGGGGUGAGGGUGGCCCCUCCAGACCACCCCCGAACGGGGUCCCUGAGGGGAUCGGCUUCGACCAUGACCCGCGCUCGGCGGCGGUUUUCCGUGCGUGAGCAAGAGAAGCAGAGCAAAGGGGCUGAUCGUCGAUCACGUAUGAUCUCUGCACCAACCAACUUCAACCACAUUCAACACAUGGGGCCUGGAGAAUUGCAGAAGCUUAUAGAUCUCCCGACGACUGUUCAAGCUGUUGCUGCUAUGGAAGAAAAACGGGCUUGGGUGAAAUCCGUGAAACCAGCCAUACCAGCUCAGCAAAAGCGUCCUGCACCGUCUGUGCCCCAUGGACCAUGGAUGUCUACGAAGACCUCUCUCACUGCAUCUCCCGAUGGCUCAUUGUCAUCUCAGGAGCAUGCUCAGGGAGGCACCAGCCACGAUGACUCCGGCAACCACUCGAGUCCUAGGCAUUCAAUCGCAUCCAACAACAGUUCCAACCUUAGCACGCCUCCGAGCCCCGUCGACCUCACGCUAGGAUUUGGGGACGAGGGACGUGAGCACUACUCUUCCAGCUACGAGUCGCAGAGCUAAGGAGAACUGAACACAAUCGGGUUGCUACAUCUCAGGUGCUUGGACGUACGCAGCGGCUGCAAGAUUGGAAUCCGUAAUGUUUGUGCGUGUGUGAAAGGUGUCCCAGGGAAUAUCAGAGUGAUACUACAUGCUGGUGAAAUUUAGGACAAUGGAAGUUUUAUGGCUGAUGUUUCUCCUUUUUUUUUUUUUUCUUUCUCGCAUUUCUCAGGAAGUAGUUGAACUUUUUUUUUUUUUUAUGAGCAGUAGUGAAGUGUGGCCUAUACGCAGAAAAAGAGCACUGAAAGUGUGAGGAGUCCAAUGGAUAAGGCCCGUCGCACAACACGUCUAGCCCAGCGUCCUCUGGCAUUACGGACGCGAGCAUGUGCUGCCGUACAGCAAAAGCACGAUGUCGGGCUUCUGAUUUAAUUUAAGGACUUGUUUCCUCGCGCUUGUCCAUCACCUCUGAAUCAAUUUGAUGCCUGGAUGGUAGGUAGGGGAAACUGUUUAUCUCAGAUGUGCUGAUUACCUUAUGCCAGUGGCAGACAGGUAUGUAAUUUGUUCUUUAUUUAAGGAUGUUUGUAAAGAGUCUGCCAAGUUUUUGUGCAUUAGUACAUGCGAGUGUAAUUCUCGCAAUGUGCGAGACUUCAAAACUAUCUUUUGGCACCAAUUACUGCGCCGUGAAGAAAUUUAUGUGCGUAUUUCUUGCCACGUUUAUUUUGCAGGAGCAUCCGAGUUCCCGAGGCCAAUUUUUUAAAGGGGGACCUUUAUUUUAAGAACACCACCUCAUUACCUUUUCUUCACACAGAACCCGUGGUUGUGGUUACACCACGACCCUAUCAUUUUCGUUAUCCUAAUUUAUAAGCAUUUGAAAAAGAUGAGUGAUUUUAUUUAUCAUUGAUGACCGUUACAACGCAGAGUAAGAUGAGUGCGGCAGUCAGUAGUUGCUUCGGACAGCUCCAUCCCCCUUAUUCCUUCUCCCGAGGCAAAGGCGGAGUGAGCACAGGUGCCGAGGAGUAUGCAUUCAAUAGCCUGUGAUUGAUUGAUUGACAAUGGCACUUGUUGGACGUGCAUCUGUCAGGGCACUCCAGCAAGAUUUGAUGUCACUCGCAAUAAAGUAAAAUGAACGGAACAAAAAUAUCGUCUGUAAAUAGAGGAGUUUUAGCACUAGUGACAAUGCGUAUCAGGUAGCAGUGCUUUGCGUAUCUUAGCAGGAAAUGCUGCUGUUAGGAAUGUGUGAAAGCUCGUUGUGCCUAUUUUGGACAGGAACGCAAACACGUUUUGUUCUGCGCGUGGAGGUAACGCUAAAGGGUGAUCUAAGCGCCUAGCAGAAUAAGAGCUCGUCAUUUUUUUUACAGUGUACAAACUGAAUGAAUUAACUACAUAGCUUCUUUCAUCAUUAGACGAUGUUUAAAAUAUUUCUGCAUAAAAAAAUUUAAAAACUCGAUGCAGUGGCACCUUGCUGUUGUUACCAGCAUAUAUUCUGACUCCCAAAAGAACUUUUUUUCUUUUUUUUGGUAUGAUACAGCAAGUAAGAAAGCCGACGUAUAAUGGACGUGUAAAUGUUCAUAGUCUUAUUUAUUAAUAUAUAUAACUUAGGUUUCAUCAGAGCAUACAGUACGAGCAGUGCUGUGGUCUAUCUCUGCUCCGGGACAGUAGCAUGUUUUUAUUACUUUGUGAUAGCAACAGCAUUGGCCAUGUUUUGUCUGUUUAGUGAAUGAGACUUGUUGUAAAUUUGCGAUCCACAAAUAGACAGUUCAAAGCGUAUACGUGUCAGUGCAUUGUGUUUGGCAUGGCAUCAAGGCUGGAGCUUGGAUGGUAAUUUAAUUUUCCCAAGAAAGAACUGUGAGAGUAUGUCACGUGCACUCAGAAGGUUCAAGUGUUUUCUUUUUGCAUAAUCAAUGCCAAUGUCGUGCCUGUUUUUACAUUGUGCUUUCCUUUCGUGCAUAAUGAGCCAGAGAAAUGCGACAGUUUUUCUUGCGCUAUCCGCUUCUAUCCGUGUGUCUUCUCUCCCUCAUACAUAUAUAAAUAUAUACACACUAUACGGAACUUGCUACGUAGAAACUUGUGACAUGAUGUGCCUGUAUAUAAAUGUAAAACAAAAAUAAAUUGAUAAGUUCAUUUUUAUGCUACGAAACAA